AUGGGCAUUAUGAUGCUUGAACGUAUGGAAGAAGAAGAAGAGAAUUGGGAGGAUCAUCUGUCCACCGCUGACCAGCGGCAGCGAAAUACCUUACCAACGAGCUUCGUCUCUUUCUUAAACUUUUGCUGCUCUUCCGGCCUUGAUUUUGUUGACAAGACUGGUCUCAUGGCUGAGUUGCCUCAACGUUUUCGCUGCCUCCUUCUCUGUCCCCCCAAAUACGGCAAAAGCAUCCUCAUCGACAUGCUCCAUGCGUAUCAUGAUCUUCACUUCUCCUCCGAAUUUUUGCGGAGAUUCAAUGGCCUUGACAUCUCUACAAAGCAUCCGGACAUGUCCCAUAGUCAACAUCUUUGCUUGGCUAUUGACUUUGGUUUAUUCUAUGUGCACGACGACCCGGUGGACAUUGUCUCUCAGUUCCUGGACGACUUCUUGCACGACGGCUGCUUGUGUUUUCUGGAAAGGUAUAGCGACAAAUUCGGCUUAGAAGAUCUAGAGCAAUGGAGAAAUCAGCCGAAGUCAAAUGCAUUUCCCGGUUUGUUGGGUCUAGUCGAACGUCGAGGAUGUCCAAUGCUUCUUACCGUUGAUAAUUUCGAUGCUCCCUUUCAAACCGAGGCCUUGGGAGGCUUCGGCCAACUUUCCCCUGAAGUCGUUGCCUUGUUUGAAUCACGGUUCUGGACUCCACUCCACCACGCUCCCAAUGCCAUCCAAAAGCUAUUGGUGACAGGUCUCUUCCGACCACCUCUGCACAACUUGCCAUUGCCCGCGCCGCCAGAAUUCGACCAUCUCUGUGGAUUCACGCGAGAAGAAGCCCUUGGCUUUGCAACUCGAGUUUUGGGUGAACCUCCAGACGAAGAUCUGUUGAUUUCAUGCGGCGAAUUUGGAACGAGUUCCACCACUCAGCAUCACAAGUCGAUGCUCCAUCCUCAACUCGUGCUUGAUUGGAUAGGGGCUCGAAUUCCGAUUUCACGAUGGUCUGAACAGCCUUUUCACAUACUGAAGAAAAUUCUCGAACAUUUGCCUCAAUCUUCGCCAAGCACUAACAUAGCAUCCAUUGAGGGAUUGAUUACGUUGGUCGUGGCUGGUCGAGUUCAGAUUACCCGUACGCAGAUGGAUGCUCUAGUUGACGGCAAAGCUACUUGGGCUGCCAUCCUGCAAGCUGGUGGCCUGGCUGUCUCUUCCGAGGCAGAUCACUACCGAAUACUCAAUGAAGAGGUCUUGCGCCUGAUCCAUGCUCGAAUCUUCGAUAUUACGGAGAAACGGUACAUGCUGGGCUUUGACUUUUCGCUCGUGUGGGCGGAUUACUGUCUCUGGAACAGUAGCCUUGGUCUGAGGACCAUUCUCUGCAAAAUCAUGCGAGAUGCGAUGCACUCUACCUGCUUUGGGGCCCAGCCAGAGCCUACUUUACUUGGCGCUUUCGAAGUCGUGUUCCGUCAUGAUGAAGCUCUUGAGUGGCGCUAUUUGCCACCUUUCGUCUUAGGUCCGCAACCACAAGAAGCCGAACCUUCCAGGGUUGUCAUCGGUGGACAUACUGAGGAAGACAUGUCCUUCGACCUCAUCACUUUAUCUCUGGAGGGAAUGUGGUACGGUCUAAAUGUCAAUGAGCAACGGCGACCAACACCUGAAGAGCUCAAGACAUUAUUUGAUCGUCUUUGUCACGUCAGUUUCGAAGAGCUCAAUCAACACCCAUACCGAACCUCGGUAAACGAUAUGAACGUUGUCAGAGUUGAGACUUUCACGAUGUGCAAUUUGGAGGUUCCUCGGAUUGUUGCUGUUGGUGGAGCGCGUAUUGUCCACUGCCACUGGAAGGCGGAAGGGGAACAAGGCUCCACUCUGGACUGGGAUUCGUGGUCCUAG